CUCCCCGAGCGCCCGGCGCUGCUGUCACCUGCUCGGCGGGGGACGGGGACGGGGGCGGCAGGUGCGACCGCGCGGGUCCCGGCGCAUCCCUUGCCGUGGGCGGCCGUCCGGGGCUGGCUUCUUCGGAACUCCUGGCGGAGCCCCCGGUGACCCUCCCUCCGAGCGGAGGGGAGGCCGGCCUCCCGCUUCGCCGGCGCGGGACGCGGGCACGGACGGCUGGAUGGCGGAGAGGGUGAGACGGCCGCCUGCUGCAGGGGGGCCGGCCGCCGGUCGCGACGUUGACGGCACUUACCGGGGGUGCCGCAGAGAAACGCCGUGAAUUGCGGGGGCGUCAGUGUCCAGGCCAAAUUAGAAUUUAACUCUGUUGAUUUGGGCACCAUGACGCUGAGACUUAUAGAAGACUGGUGCAGGGGGAUGGAUGUGAACCCUCGGAAAGCGCUUUUGAUUGCGGGCAUCCCCCCGACCUGCGCUUUGUCGGAAAUCGAGGAGGCUCUGCGGGCCGGCUUCGCGUCCUUGGGCGAGUACACACUGCUGGGGAGGAUGUUCCGGCGGGUGGAGGGCUGUAAUGUAGCCUUAGUAGGGCUAACUGAGGAGACCAGUCGUGCUCUGGUCCCCAAGGAGAUACCCGGGAAAGGGGGUGUCUGGAGCGUGAUCUUUAAGCCCCCGGACCCGGAUAAUGAAUUUUUAAGCAGACUAAACGAAUUCUUAGAGGGAGAGAGCACGACACUAGGUGAGUUGACCAGAGCCCUUGGAUGUGGAAACGACCCUUUUGCCCUAGACCAGGGCAGGAUCCCAGAAAUACAGGCCCCUUUAUUGGCACGGGCAUUAGAGGAGGCCCUUCAGCCUGCCCUGCAAUACCUGAAAUACAAAAGGCUGCGAGUGUUCUCAGGCAGCGAUUCUCCAGAACCAGGAGAAGAAGAGUUUGAAUCCUGGCCGUUCCAUACCGCUCAGAUGAUGAAGGCAUGGCAGGUGUCCGAGGCAGAGAAAAGAAGGCGAUUGCUAGAAGGCCUUAGAGGCCCAGCAUUUGAUGUUAUUCGUGUCCUCAAGAUAAGCAACCCUUCCAUUACAGUCACUGAAUGCCUGCAGGCCCUGGAGCAGGUUUUUGGGGUUAUCCACAAUCCUAGGGAAUUGCAGGUCAGAUAUCUGACCACUUAGCAGAAGUCUGCUUAGGUACUACGGUUGGAGCCUUUAUUACAGAAGCUGGUGGAGAGAGGAGCAGUCGAGAAAGAUGUUGUGAAUCAGGCCCGCCUGGACCGAAUCUGCGCCGGGGCAGUGCACAGAGCGCGCCGCAGGAGGUUUGCUGUGCCGGAGGAUGGCCCCGCCCCGGGCCUGUUGGAAUAACUGGCCCUGAUAAAGGAGGAAGAAGCCGCGGAGGAGGAGGAGGAGGCCCUUCUCCAGGCAGGGUUAGGAGGGCAUGUCUCCUGAGUCUUAGGAAGCCAGGCAGGGCAGUUGGCAGCAAGCAGAGCACGAAGGCAGAACGGUCAUUGGAGCCUGUGAUGGACGUUAAUCAGUCCCUUCCUCGCGCUGCCGAGUAACUCACUGUGUACAGUUCUCAGUCCAAAUCCUUUGUCGUUUCUGUGCCUCUUGAAUGCCUCCUAAGUGUGUCAUAGACUAGGAUGUAGUUCUGCACCAGUGUUCAUGUAUUUACAUUUACCCCUGUGAAUUUGCCAUACAAAACUGUGCAGAGGGUCUGUGCCUACAUCUGUAUGGUGCUCUUACAGGACAGGCAAGGCUCAGUUGCCUGUGCUGAACGCUGAGAUGUCAGCUUCCAUGGUAACAGGUGCAAGGAUAGCAUGCUGGAUGUGAUUAUUCUAGAUAUUUCUUAGGUGUGUGUUGCUCUACAUUUAUUACAAAGAUAGGAGCAGUGGUUAAGAUACUAAGGUAUCUUGUCUGAAUCACAAUUUUACUGAUGCUGUGCAAUCAAAACAAGAGGCAGAAUCAAAUGCUGAGGUUGAUAAGUUUGUCAGCUGUCACCUCUAACCCCAGGUUUCUGAUAUGUGUCAUCACAACAUCCAGUGCUGAAUGCCAUUUUAAUAGGUGUUAUAAAGUGAUCUAUGUGAACUUGUAAAAUAAAGGAAUGCUAACAAAA